AUGACAUUUAAUAUUCGUUUCGAUGGAAUAGAGCGUGAUCCAAAUAAUCAUAUUACAAAGAGAGUUUGUCAUUUAACAGAAACUAUUGAAAAAUGGCAACCAUCUAUUCUAUGUGUACAAGAACCAUUUGCUAGUCAGUUGGUUCAUUGGCGAUCUCAUUUACCACCAUAUUAUCAAUGUAUUGGUUAUCAACCUGAUGGCAUCGAUUGA